AUGCGAGACCCCCGUGUCAGGUGGCAAGGCACUCGCAACGCGACUCACUUCGGCAUCUUUUUCAGCGCGGAACACGGACUGCGCGCCAGAUGCUCAGAAGAGGAUGUGAAGGGAAUCAUUCCCGGCUCUGGAUUCGGGAACCAUGUUCAUUUGCCCAGAGUCGAUCAUGGUAGGGCAACUCUUCAAGCCCAAGAUGACUUGCCAGGACCGGCGUGGAGAAACGUGGAGAAAAAAGCCUAUGAAAACGGAGUUCAAGUGGACCUUCCCAUAGCGGUGGACGUGUGUUGCGCUCCCAUCGUGGUGCCCGACGACGCCUCCGUGCCUGAUGCACCGGCGUCGGAGCCGUCGGAAGCCGCGGAAGCCGCACCCGUGGAAGCGGAAGCGGUGCCCGAAGCAGCGCCAGAAGCAGCGCCAGCGGUUGGGGGGCCCAAGGCAGCCGAAGCUUGGGAGAGCAAGGACCCAAAGGUUCCUUCCUCGCUGGUUGUCUUUGAUUGGGACGACACCCUCCUUCCCACCUCGGCUCUGGUGGCGGCCAAGCGCAUUGCGCCUGCACCCGGAGCCACCGUUGCCCCUUGUGCUGCUGCGGCGCAGCUGAGCGACUGGGAACUUGAUGACCUGCUGGAGUCCUGCGCAAAAGCGGCAACGGACGCCCUGCGAAAGGCCUCAAAGUAUGGCCGUGUCGGCGCCAUGGUGAACAUCAGCUUGCUGCAAGAGCCACCAGACCUGAGUCACACAGAUUUAGGGCAGAACAUCCCGGAAGAUCCCACGGAGCGCGUGGAGAAGGCCGGGGCCUUGCUGGACAACUUGGGCCGUUCCCUGCGCACCGUGCGCGAAUCGGCCAACGAGCUGGCGAACGCCGGCGCGGUGUUGGCGGAGAAGGGGGACCGCCUGGCAGACGUGGCCAGUUAUUUGCGGGAAGCACAAGCACAUUCAGGGAGGAUGCAAGGAAAGAUUGCGGAAAUUCUGGAGUUGGUGAAAGGCAUGCAGAACAAGGCUGAAGAGUCCAGCGUAAAUUGGGCAAUGGCAGUCUUUCUUCCUCCACAGUGCAAGGGUGGCCGAAAAGGCCAUGGCAUCAAUGUGGUCAUCAUCACCAACUCGGGCUUCGGUUGGGUGCACGAAACAGCGUCACGCUUCAUGCCAUCGGUCCUGGGUGAAUUAGAGAAGGUCCCUGUGAUCAGCGCGAGGGCCAUCUUCGAAUGUCAGGGAGUCCCUGAGCCCUAUCGCUGGAAGGUGCUAUGCUUCCGGCGCAUCGUGGAGUGCUUCUCGUUUGAUCCUCGUGGGGAGACAGGCCCCAGCAGCCUCAUCUCGAUUGGAGAUGGCUGGCAAGAGCGCCUGGCAGCCAUCAUGGCAGCGCAGGACACGGAUUUGGCUUUGGUGAAGUGCAUGAAGUUCCUGGAGCAACCGGGGAUGGACCAGCUAGUGCAGCAGCUGAAUCUCUGCUCUCAGAUCUUCGCAGGACUGGUGGCCCAUCCCGGUUGGGUCGAAGCCAGCUAUAGCUACAAUGACGUCGAAGGAUCUAAAGGCGCUGAUCCCAUGGGCCAUCCAGCGCCGAACGUGGCAGCGCCGGCAGUGGAUGGCGGCUUCUAUGUGGCAAUUCCCAGCUACCAACGGGUCGAAAUCAUUCAAGAGAAGACUUUGGCCCUACUGAAGCAGCAGGGAGUGCCACGCCAUCGAGUUUACAUCUUCGUGGCUGAUGCCUUGGAGUAUGAGACGUAUCAUAGGGCCAUCGGUAGAGAUUGGCCCAAUAUCGUGAUUGGGGUGAAGACUCUGUGGAGACAGCGGAAUUUCAUUACUGAGUUCUUCAAAGAAGGGACUCAUAUUGUGUCCAUGGAUGACGACUUGGAGGGCCUCUUUCAAUGCACGCCCUGCGUCCAGGACUUGGGCCGUCUCGACACGCGCCUGGCCAAGCUGCCAAGGGGCUCGCUGCAGAUGGUGGUGGAGGAUGCCCUGCAGCGCAUGAAGAAGUCCGGGGCCUUCCUGUGGGCGUUGAAUGUGAGUGACAACCCCUUCUAUAUGUACCAUGGAGUGUCACACAAGAACGGCCUAUGCAACGGCUUCUUCUGGGGCUGUUUGAAUCGUCACCUCCCUGAGCUCCAGCUGCGCUUGGGCGAUGGCCACGAGGACGUCGAGCGCUCGGUGCGCUUCUACCAACGCGACGGCGCGCUGCUGCGCUACCGUUUUUUGUGUGCCAAGACGCGCUGCAAGACGAACUCUGGCGGCUUGCAAUCGCUGCUGAAGGACCGAAGCAGAGAAGAGGAAGAAGGCGUUCGCCGUUUGGUCGCUGAGUUCCCUCGGCUUCUGUACUUGGCACCUGGCUCAAAGCUGGGGUUGAAGUUUCGCUCCAGCAUGCAUCCAGAACUGAUGCAGCAGAAUCUGCUCACAGCUGAAGGCUUCAAAUUGCUGCAGAGCCGAGGGGAGGUGCACUUGCUGGAAGGUGCUUGCUGGGCAGCUGUGAAGGGGUUGAAAGGUCGAAAGGCUCUGAGUAUCAUCAGUGGCACUGUGGACAGAUGCACCCAGAAAGCUGUUUGCCUUCGCUUGGGCAGCGAUGGCCCUGCCAGUUCUCGAGGAGAUUUCUUGGGCAUCACCUGCGUGGACUUUUAUGCCAAGAUUAGUGCUUCCGAGUUGCAACUCUUGUGGCUCCCAGAGGCCGCGUCCAAGGCCCUCGGUGUACCGCAUCGCACCUGGACCCCCCAGCUGCAGCAGCUGCUGCAGCUGCCGGAGCCAGGGCUUCAGCCGCGCCUGGAGCCGCUCCCGGAGCAAGUCACGGCUACAGCCACGCCCCGGGGUGGCUUUCUGCGGAUGUUGCAGGGGUUGGCUGGAAAAAAAAGGCGUGGUUGUCCAGACAUUGGAAUUUACUUUCGAAAUCUUGAGGUUUAA